AUGUGGUUCACCGUCGGAAUUCUAUCUCUCGUUAUCGUGGCUCAGGAUGUGGUCAGAGGCUCGAACCAGGUGACUGGAGUUGAUGACAUCGAGCAAGCCUUCCAGGAGUUCAUAAGAAUGUAUAAGAAGAAGUAUGGUUCGAAGGAACAGUACGAGGUUGCGAAGGCUGCGUUCGUGCAUAGUUUGAGGGAGAUAGACGAUCUGAAAGCCUAUGGUGAAUGA